AUGGUAUCCAAUGACGUAGGGGUUGAAGGCAGCGGGAAUGUCGCUGCGGGAGUCCAACCGUUGGACUUCAACGACUGCUCAAGCACCCUUGGACUUCGCAAGGGCGAUCUUAAGCAUGGUGCUUCACACAGGUCUGCGAGUGCUCUCGCGGUCAUAUCUGCUAAGGGGAAGUACUGGUUGGUGCGUAGCAUCAAGCUGGGCAGCGAUCGUGACUACUUCGACGCCCUAUUCGAAGCCCUCAUUGCUGACACUGCUAUGGAGGGCACAGGCUCGGCCACAAAUCGUUCACCUUCCAUCGAAGAGGCAGUAAGUCCCACUGGCGAUGGAGGACGAAUGGCGGAUCGUGUUGAUCAUAUGUGCGAGUGA